AUGAAAGGCCUCGCCGCAAGUCUGCUGCUCGCCGCCGUCGCGCACUGCGCCUACGGACAUGGAGGACAUGAGCACAGUGGCCCAUCACAAGGCGAAACAAUCCAGCAAUAUGCUCAAAGACAUAUGUCUUCAGAGCAUCAUAUAGAUUCAUUUGACAUACGAAGUUUCUUCCAGCUUCAUGACCUGAACCGUGAUGGUAUGUGGGACAAGGAGGAGAUUGAAGCUGUUUAUGGCGUGCACCAUGUAUACUCGCAAAAGAAGUCUAAGGACGAUAUUGAACACCAAGAGAAAGCUGAGCAGAUCGUCAAAACGGUGCUAGCACGGAUAGAUGCAAACAACGACGGGGUUAUUACGGCAGAGGAACUAGUAGCAGUCGGGUUAGACGGUCUACCCAACUUCGACAACCUUGGUGCUGAAGGUCACCACUACGACGUUGAGAGCGAAUUCUUCCUUCACCACGAAGAAAUGUAUCACUCUACUCCCGAAACGCAGACUGACGAAUCAUACAACCACCCGGAGGACCUCGAGCAUUUCGCCCAACAUGAAUCGAUAGAGCGCAAGGAGGCUGAGAAGGAAGCUAAGUUCCAAGGUAUAUCAGUUGACGAGGUCCUCAAGUCGCAUGAAGAACACGCCCCUGAUGGCGCAGCACCUGCGAAUCCUCCAGUACCUGGAGAGGGCCAACACGUCUUCGAUGAACAUCCUCCCAAUGACCAUGUGCCUCCCCCUGCUCCCGCCGACCCACCCCAGCCUAAAUAUACGAGAGCCGCAUCUCAGGACCCGACAACUAAGUAUAAGGAAGCUGAGAGGGCUAGUAACCAGAAAGCAGAGUGGGGACAAGGUCCAGAUGGAUAUAAGCCUCCCGUGAACCCUGCAGAUAAGCUUCGACGGAACGUACCGUAUAAGAAGGAACGUAUGCAGUACAAAUUCCGCCGCAACUGGGGUGACUUCUGA